AUGAGCGAUACAGCGAAGGCUGCUGAUGAUGCAGCUACUGCGAGUGGGGAGCAAAAAACGUCCGAAAAUUCAGAUGAAGUUGAGAAAAAUGUUAAGAAUAUUCAACGUUGUGUGGUAGAUGCUGUGAAGAGUGCGAAUUUAUUACCGAAGCUAUCGGAAGGCUACGAACUAUUUGCAUCGUUCCCGUUGUAUGCACAGUUUAUGAACGAACAAGAGAAGAGGGUUCUCAGUCUUGAUUUUAAUUUUUUUUUUUCGCUUCCAGUAAAAUUGCAUAGUAAUUUCAGUCUGCGGUCAGUAAUGCGUCAAGCAGGAUGUUCAAUAAGAUUACCGUCGAAAAUAGUGGAUAUUGAUGAAUUGAUUGAUAGUAUCGCUGAAGGGAACGAUUCAAUUGUUGAGAAAGUGGGUAUCCUAUUGGAUCAACUCUCGAAAAAUGCGAAUGCUGAAAAACUUGUGGUUCCCGAACUGGCGAUAGGCGCCGAGCAUAUACCCGAUCUUGGCAGUGGAGUAGCGAACAGUAGUAACUUGUGGCAGCCAGGAUCCGCCGGUCGUUACGCUGCCUUGUCGAUCCGAGCUAAGGCUCUAAGCGCAGGUCGUCUGAAUGAAUCUUCGACGUCAGCAGCAUCGACGCCCGGAACUCCUCCAAGCUUAGAAACAGUGUUCAGUACACCGUGCCUAUCGGCUGCAAAGCGACGAAUUAUCAGAUUGAGUUCACCGUUUUUGCAGAAAGUGCUUGUUAAGCCUCAAUUGGCCUAUUCAAUACCCGUGGACAAUAGCGACCGAGAGUUUGUGUCGAAACUGAAGCAAAAACACAACGCACGAAAUACGGAACAGCCGGAAGAGCGUUUAAGGAUUCGAGAUGAACAGCAGGAAGGAGGGGAUUGUAGUGGGCGAUUGGAGUGGAACAGUGACCAACAGGAGACGGAGAAUGAACAUCCAUAUAAGAGCGAAUUGGAUGGUUUCGAGAUACCCGCGUCUCAGCUGCAGUUAGGUGAAAGACGUCAAGUUAAAGCACUUGAAGACACAGAAUUAGUUAUGGUUGAUACGAUUGAAAAGUUGGAGAAAGUGAGGGAUGAACUGAAUGCGAGCAGCGCAUUUGCGGUCGAUUUGGAGCAUCACUCGUAUCGCUCGUUUCAAGGUCUGACAUGUCUUUUGCAAAUUUCAACGUCGGCGAAAGAUUAUAUCAUUGAUCCAUUCCCAGUAUGGAACGAAAUGCACAUUUUGAAUGAUCCGUUUACAAAUCCAAACAUUUUAAAGGUAUUUCACGGCUCUGAACAUGACGUUCGAUGGCUGCAACGUGAUUUCGGUAUAUACGUUGUGGGAAUGUUUGAUACGUACUGUGCGAUGCACGUGCUUAGUUUUGAGAGAUUCUCUUUGGCGCAUUUGGUGCAGUCGAUUUGUAAUGUGGUACUGGAUAAGGAAUUGCAGAAAGCCGAUUGGAGAGUGAGACCAUUGAGUGCAGCACAUUUGGAGUAUGCACGUAGUGAUACGCAUUACUUAUUGCAUUGUUACGAUGUGCUGAGACAACAGUUGAUCAAUCGAGGAAAUGAGACGAAGAAUUUGUUGCGAACAACAUAUAAUGAAUCUGUAUUGUUGUGUCGUAAUGUAUACGAGAAACCGAAGUUCGACGCGGAAGGUUACGAAGUAUUAUUGAGAGGACGAAAAUCGUUCAAUUCACGUCAGCUGUAUGCACUGCGAGAACUGUGGAAAUGGCGUGAUGAGCGAGCGAGAGCAGAAGACGAGAGCUUGGAAUACGUGCUGCCAAAUUAUAAUUUACUUCAAAUUGCUGAGGUUCUGCCACGUGAAGCGCAGGGAAUUCUGGCCUGUUGCAGUCCGAUUCCACCACUCGUAAAGCAAGAACUGAUCACUCUGCAUCGUAUCGUCUAUGCGGCUCGAGAUCGCCCUCUGGAAUUGAGGCCAACUUUGAAUCUGAAUCAAGCCACGUUGACGUUUGAAUCGUUUGAAACGCAACGUUCAAAAAUGACCAAACAGAAAGCGAUUUUGAGAUCACAUUUGGACUUUUCGAUGACAAAGUUCGAUGAAGAGAUCAGUACAUCGCGUUCGAUUGAUGUGAACGCUGAAGAACUCAGCAAACUGAUCAGUUUGAAGAAAAGUGCCGAAUUGUCUUUAGCCGAUUGUCAACUACCUGCAACGAUGUCGACUGAUUUGCAAAAAAUGGUUGUUGAUGAGAAUAAGGAAAAAGGAGAGGAAGCGAGUGAUCAUCGCGGUGAGGAGGAAGUUUGUGCCGAUAAAAGCGUUUAUAAGAUCGGUCCAGAAGUGGAGUUGGAGAAUGAGAAGCGAGAACAACUUCGGGAAGAGUUGUCACAAUGGGCGACUCCGUAUGAGUGUUUUGUGAUUGCGGUGAAGGAACGACAAACGCGAGAAACUGAGGCAAGCAGUUUGGAAACGUGUUUGAAGGAGAAGGCGAAGGCAGAUGCUCAAAAGAACGCAAAAUCAGGCGAUUCUGUGGAGAAGAAUGGUACAGGUGAAGAAGGAGGAGAAGGAGAGAAGAAAUUGUGGUCACAUCUUGAUCCUGCAUCUGAAAGACCUGUAUUCUUGGAGAAGAAGGAAGACAUAUCAGCGAGUGAAAUGAGAGCAAAACGACAACAAGAAGCGGAGGCUGCCAUAGGAAUGACUGAAGAAAUGACUCUGACCAAGAAAGCACUGAAAAGGAAACACAAAUUUGUUAGUACUACUGAAGUGUUCGUUAGCGUUUAUCUUUAUCCAGUUCAGUGA